AUGGAGGCCAGCGCCAAAGAAUUUCCUCUGUCGCGGUCUUUGUGUGACGUUCAGAUAUCUGAUGCUGUUCGGCCCAGUCCAGGGGGCCAGUGCAUCAACGUUGAUGCCGAAGGUGUCGCGCUGUGCACGGAUGGCGAGGAGCUCUACAGGGUUGACGUCCAACGGCUGGCGCGGGAGGGCGCCGGUGCUGUUUUGAGACCAUGGCCACGUGGGGCAUCGACAUUUCCCAAGACUGUGUCUUCCCUCUAUCUCUCUGGUUGCAAACCACCGAAGCUGCUUGUUUUAGCUGGCAGCAUCGCAGCUGUCAUGGACGCAAAAGCAGGAGAUGAUAUGAAGCCUCUGACUCUGGAGUCAAAACAUGUGCUGCCCUGGUGCUGGGGUUCAUGGAAUGCUCAGUAUGGCUCUGUCUUUGGUGUUGUGACCCAGGUUGAGCUGUGUGUGUGCAGCACUGAGGGGGCCCACCCCACCAGGGCUCAGGCCUUGCAAGUGCUGGACACUGUGGCUGCCCCAGCCAGUGGUCUGCUCAACAAGCCCAAAUUCGCCUGGCUUGGAGACGGACAGAGGAUGGUGGCGUCGUGGGGUGGUGCUGUUGAGGUCAUUCAAUGGGGAAGUGUAUCAGAGGGUAUGGAGCACCAGGUGGCCAGUUUAUGUUGA